AUGAGCCCGCACCUCUCCCUCCUCCUCCUCCUGGCUGCCUGCACUGCACUCUGCYGGGGUGCUCCACUCGCCGGGGAGCUGCGCUGCCGCUGCGUGCGCACCGUGAGCGAGGUGAUCCCGCCGCGGCGCCUGGCCAGCGUGGAGCUCAUCCCUGAGGGGCCGCACUGCGCCGUGCCAGAAGUGAUAGCAACAACGAAGCAGGGAAUGAUGGUCUGCCUGAACCCCUCGGCGCCCUGGGUCCAGCGCAUCGUCACCAAGAUCCUCAACAGCAGCUCUCAGCAGAGCUGGGGAGAGGGUUGCCCCUUACCCUCACUGAAAACCAGCUUGAGGGGCAUAGGUGGUGAGAUCUGUGCUCUCUGGUUUCUGCUUUCAGCUGAGUAG